GAUUCUGCCUCUAUUUCCCCACCGGGUUCCUCUUGAGCAAGUCCCGUGGGAGGAGGUAGGGGCGGGUGAGACGCCUUGGAAAGCACCUUCCCCUCCCUCGCCUCCUCCGCACUCCGUGCGCGCGUCCUUAGAAGCCAGUGGCUGGAGGCUCAGCCGGGUGGUGUCGCCGUGUCAGCGGAGGCGGCCGCAUCCCAGGCUAGGCGAUCGCCGCCCGCCGCAGUCCAGCUCUCCGCGGCAGGGAUCCUCCGGGCCUCCCGGUGCUCGCGCCCGGGUCUGCGCGUCUGGUCUCUCCAGCUCAUGCCCUUUGGAGCCGCGCGCCCCGGGACUGCGGCAGCGCACACAGAGUGCUCGGUUGGCUGCAGGGCAGCGGGAGGAGGCGGCCGCCAGAGUGAGCUGGAGGCAUGGGCCAGGCGGCCUGGAAGGGGUUUGUGCUGUCUCUGUUCGACUAUAAGACUGCAAAGUUCGUGGUCGCCAAGAGCAAGAAGGUGGGGCUGCUCUACCGGGUGUUGCAGCUCAUCAUCCUGUUGUACUUGCUCAUAUGGGUGUUUCUGAUAAAGAAGAGUUAUCAGGACAUUGACACUUCCCUGCAGAGUGCUGUGGUCACCAAAGUCAAGGGGGUGGCCUAUACUAACACCACGAUGCUUGGGGAACGGCUCUGGGAUGUAGCAGACUUUGUCAUUCCAUCUCAGGGGGAGAACGUUUUCUUCGUGGUCACCAACCUGAUCGUGACUCCUAACCAGCGGCAGGGCAUCUGCGCUGAGCGUGAAGGCAUCCCUGAUGGCGAGUGUUCUGAGGACGAUGACUGUCACGCUGGGGAGUCCGUUGUAGCUGGGCACGGACUGAAAACUGGCCGCUGUCUCCGGGUGGGGAACUCUACCCGGGGCACCUGUGAGAUCUUUGCUUGGUGCCCAGUGGAGACAAAGUCCAUGCCAACGGAUCCACUUCUAAAGGAUGCCGAAGGCUUCACCAUUUUCAUAAAGAACUUCAUUCGCUUCCCCAAGUUCAACUUCUCCAAAGCCAAUGUACUAGAAACAGACAACAAACAUUUCCUGAAAACCUGUCACUUCAGCUCCACAAAUCUCUACUGUCCCAUCUUCCGACUGGGGUCUAUUGUCCGCUGGGCAGGGGCAGACUUCCAGGACAUAGCCCUGAAGGGUGGUGUGAUAGGAAUCUAUAUUGAAUGGGACUGUGACCUUGAUAAAGCUGCCUCUAAAUGCAACCCACACUACUACUUCAACCGCCUGGACAACAAACACACACAAUCCAUCUCCUCUGGGUACAACUUCAGGUUCGCCAGGUAUUACCGUGACCCUAAUGGGGUAGAGUUCCGUGACCUGAUGAAAGCCUACGGCAUCCGCUUUGAUGUGAUAGUUAAUGGCAAGGCAGGAAAAUUCAGCAUCAUCCCCACAGUCAUCAACAUUGGUUCUGGGCUGGCGCUCAUGGGUGCUGGGGCUUUCUUCUGCGACCUGGUACUUAUCUACCUCAUCAGGAAGAGUGAGUUUUACCGAGACAAGAAGUUUGAGAAAGUGAGGGGUCAGAAGGAGGAUGCCAAUGUUGAGGUUGAGGCCAACGAGAUGGAGCAGGAGCGGCCUGAGGAAGAACCACUGGAGAGGGUUCGUCAGGAUGAGCAGUCCCAAGAACUGGCCCCGAGUGGCAGGAAGCAGAAUAGCAACUGCCAGGUGCUUUUGGAGCCUGCCAGAAAGGCCAUGCCUGCCAGAGCCCCUGACUGCCCCCUCUCUGCCUCGUGCACGACUCCCUCAAGGUUCGGCCUCCAGGAGAAUGCCAUCGUGAACAUGAAGCAGUCACAGAUCUUGCAUCCAGUGAAGACGUAGCCAGAGCUCUCGGCAGAGAACAGAUUCGAUGACUGGGCCAGGACAGGCCACAGCUCUGAACUGGCGAGAGGCAUCUCGGUGGGGCCUGCUCAGGAUGAGGCUUCUGAGAAAAGCCCCUCAACUCCACCCAGUUAGGGUGGGAUCCUGCUGCAAACUUUUUUGUUUCACGGAAGGCCUCCUGGUGGCCUAAGUGGCUCAGGAUGCAGGAAGGAGGCCCUGGGGCAGGCCCUCAGGGAAGGGGCAGGCCUGGGGUUUCAGUUGGUUUCCGUUCCUGACUCUGAGCCCGCUGGACAUGCGUUUAUUUACACAGGCAUUUACACAUGCGUUUAUUUACACACUUACUGGUGCAUGCAGCACUUUAGCCUGACCUGAGAGGCUUGAGAUGCUGACCUGGCCCCAGGGUAGAGGGCACACAUGUUAACUCUCACCAGAGACAUCAUAGUCAGCCCCACCAGCCUGGCUUCCUCCAGCCUCUAGCCCAGACUUUUUGACAGGUCCCCAACAAGAAUGAUGGUUGCUCAGAAAAAGCUAUUGGAUGACAUCCAGGAGACACUUAGCUUCGCCCCCAGAUGUAAGAUGUAAAGCUGGCCAAGGAGGCACCUGGAAAAUAACUUAGGGAAGAGCAAACUCCCGGGGCUCUUAGGUAAGAUUGGAGAGGGGAGGCAAGUAAGCCACUAGCCUGCUCCAGCCACUACCCGAAGCCUAGAGUAGCUCUGGAAAACUGACUUGCCCAGGUGAGAUGGACUUGUGCGGUUCAGCUCUUGCUGCUUGGUGGUGCUGGGGGUCUCUGUCUGACUUCCUUCUGCUCCCAGAAGCUCAGCCUUGAUAUGCUGAGAUAAAGGAUGAUUUUCACUGAAA